UCAGUAGGAGAGCGGACAAAGUGUUAUCAACUGUGACAGUGGAGAUGGCGGAAGCAAAGAGGGGAAACAUACCCCACUAGAGAGAAGAGGAUUGAACUAAAAGAGAAGGCAGCUGAGUUAUUCCCAAUGCUCAACAAAAUAAGAGAGACAGAUGUUACAGGCAGUGACAAAGUCAAAGAAAGGGUAGCAAGAAAUCUGAAAGUAUACGGACCCAAGAGUCAGUCGGUUUUCAGUGAGCAUUGAGUGCCUGUUCCUGGAACAGGGUGGGACCAUCUCUAGGAAGACUCAACUUCAACCACCGCAUCGACGACCAUGUACAGUGGAUAUGGAGGGAGUCCGUCCCGAACUCUCUCAACCAUGUCCCUGUCCGUUCGCCCAGUCAGACGCCUCACUUCCAGAUCCAUCACUAGGAGCCAGAGUUUUACUGGAGUCAACAACUACGACAAGCCCUACAGGAACCUCUCGUUGUUCAGCACACCAGGUCUUGGUAGAAAGCCCAGCAGAGCCAGCAGGAUGUUCACUAUGUCCUCCAAGUCUAACCCACCACCAAAAGUUCCACAACCAGAGCGACUUGAUAAGGUCUAUGAGGCACUGAGGAAAGGCCUUCAGUCUUACCUGCAUGUUCAUCAGAUGGACUUGGACAACCUCAGUAGACAAAUGAAAGAAUCAAAGAGGAACUCCAGACUGGGUUUCCUGUAUGAACUAGACAAGCAAGUGAAGGUGACUGAGAGGUACAUAAGACGACUGGAGUUUCACCUCAGUAAGAUCGAGGAGUUAUAUGAAGCCUACUGCCUGCAGAGGAGACUCCGGGACGGAGCCAACAAGAUGGUCAAGGCGUACACUGCCUCUCUAAGCAGUAAGGAGGCAAGGGAGAGCUUAACAGAAGCCAACAAAGGCUACAAAGAGUACACUGAGAACAUGUGUGUGUUAGAGAGUGAGUUGGAGAACCAGCUGGGGGAGUUCCACAUUAAGAUGAAAGGUCUGGCUGGAUUUGCCAGAUUAUGUGCUGGUGACCAGUACGAAAUCUUUAUGAGGUACGGUCGUCAGCGGUGGAAGCUCCGAGGCAAAAUAGAGAUCAAUUCCAAGCAGGUGUGGGACAGUGAAGAGAUGGUGCUUCUGCCGCUCGUCAAUGACUUCCUCUCUGUAAAGGUGACAGAGCUGAAGAGCUUAGCCAAUCACGUGGUUGUGGGAAGUGUUUCCUGUGAGACUAAGGAUCUGUUUGCUGCACUGUCCCAGACAGUUGCUGUGGAUAUCAAUGACCUUGGAACUGUUAAGCUAAGCCUCGAAGUCACCUGGAAUCCUUUUGAUAAAGAUGAUCAGGGGUCAAUGGCGAGCUCUGUCAACAAGGCCCCGACUGUCAGUAAGAGAUUAUCAACAAUCUUCAACCAGAGUCCCCCUGACACGCCGUCCUUACGUGAACAAGCCUUUUAUUCUCUGCCUCGGAGUCUGACCAGGCGGCAGCAUUGGCCACUGUUGGACAUCUUCAGAGACACACUUAGCCAGAGCUGUUCCUGUAGUGACAAGUCACCAACAAGACAGCCCACUGCAAACAUGCUGCGUCGUCAUGAAGAGUUAGAGAAUGGAACAGCGUGGUCAAAUUCUUCUGAAUCCUCUGAUGACUCCUCUAGCCCUCAGCUAUCUGCAGGAGGUCCACGCAACGCGACACAUCAUGAGGCACUGCUGGUGACACCAGAGAUUCAGCCAACUGCAAAAGAAAGAUCCUCCCCUCCGCCUGACAUCUCAUUCAGCCUCAGAGACUCUUCCUCCCAAGCUCCAAAAUCCACCUAUAUGGUAUGCUCCGCCAGUGAGGUUGCCAACACCACCCAUCACCAAACAAGGAGCAACAGAGAAGAAGACAAGGGGACAGCCACUGUGAUGAGAAAACAUUCAGACAGUGAAGAAGAGGAUGCAGGGAAACAGCCUCCCACUGCAACAGAGGAUGGGUUGGUGACCAAUAGCCACGCCUCACACAGUUACUCACGCUUUCUGAGCCACAUUAGUGAAAGUAGCUCCGAUGCUGAGGGAUCAGGGGAGGAGAUUUCUUUGGCCUCUGGGAUCUCCAUCAAUGACAUUGAAACGGAGCUGCCCAGCAGAACUCCUGAGUUACCUAGCUCUGCUGCGAUGGACACUGACAUGUCACAGAGGAGUCUUGAUGUCGUCGAAGAAAUCACAACAGUGAAUGAUGUCCCAGAUCAACAUCCAAUCGGGUUGCCACAGGAAACAUCCAGCUCUGUCCUCACAUCAUUCUUCCCUAGGACUGAAGGAAUUAACUCUAGCCCUCCAUCAAAAAUGAACACACUCCCACCCCUUGAGUGCAACAUAGUCCCAGAGAGCGGGGAUGGGACAUAUUUAGCCCGGCAGGUGUCGGUGGAGGAGGAGAUGCCAUGUGCAAAUGCAGAUUGUCUGUCCAGAGAGGGUGAUGGUCCAGUGGACUGCGGGCUAGAGGAUGCCCUGGCAGUUGUAGUUUCCUCUCUGGAUGAUUACAGGGGACAGUUCCCUGAGUUACAACUACUGGAGCAAGAGCUGAAGCUGAUGCAGGUUACACUGAAGGGUGGAAGGCACAGCCGUUCACCCAGUGCGGUUAGCCUCACAGUGGAAACCGCUCUGGGCAGCUUUGAUUUCCUCAACAUGUCUGACUGGGAGGAAGAUGAGGAGGAAAGGAGUGACAAGAGGAGCAGGAAUGGCAGGUCUCUGCAGGACAGAGGCUGGGACAGCCCGUCCUCCCCCACCCUCCCCCUCACUACAGGCUGCACUACUCUAGACAGCUCCCUGGUGGUCCACUUGAAGAACUGCAAUGCACAGUUGCUGCGUCUGGGUACGUUUGGGCCUUUGCGCUGUGGAGAAAUGUAUGCCUUAGACCGACUGCUGCGAGAGGUUCGAGUGCUUGAAAACAUCCGUCGUAUCACCAAGGACAACCCGAGACACCUCAGACAGCCCGAUGAAGUGAUACCUCAGUUAGGCCUGUGCCAAGGUGCUGUGUCACUAUGGCAACAGUGUGUGGGGCAGGGAAGCAAGUACAUCGUCUCUGCUGAGGACCUCCUGGAUACGUUGUCUACAGCCUUCUCCAGCAUACUGGCAGAGAUGGUCAGCAGCAUGGCUGACAAAGUGUUCCUGUGUCUGAUUGAGCGAGUGCUGGAUCAGAGGUUACCACGGCGAGGCAGCAGCAGAGAUGGAGUGAUGGUGACGUUGUUCCAGCUCUGGAGUUACAUAGAGGCUAACGUCAUCAGUGACAUGGAAACACACAUCGCUGAACUGGCAGAAGAGGUGUGGUUGGUGCAGAGGCUGGCAUCGUCUGACCUGGACGUGAUCAUUCACACUUUGCGGCGUCCUGCAGAGUGUAGCCUGAGAAGAGAAGGACUUCAUGCUGUGGCAAAGUUACUGAAAGACCCACGAGGCAAAGUGUCAGCAUCUGCCAGCUCUGUACUGAGAAGCCUGGCUGCCCAGCCAAGACAGAGAGAACAGGCUUUGGUCAGCUGUCUGGAGCUGCUUGAGGAUGAGAAAGUGGACACCAGAGUGUGUGGAUGCAAGGCCUUAGCUUGUCUGAAGGCUAAAGAAAGUAUCGAUCAGUUAGUGUAUCUUUGUCGGACAGACAAGGAGGAAGUCCGAGAUGCUGCCAAACAAACACUGCUCGUCCUCGGAGAGGAGGGGAAGAUGGCCCACAGACAUGUGGAGACGUCUCAGGACAGUAUACCAAGACUCUUCGCUCCAGGAAGCAUGGCUAGCACAGCGUUCUAACACACACACACACAUACACACACACAAACACAUAUCUACCCCAUUACUAACACUGGAAGAUCAAAGGACAAAUAGAAUUUGAUAUACAGUAUAUACACUGACAGAGAGGAGCCAUAUCUAAAUUAAGAAUGACACCUCUGCUUAACACUGGGCAAAGAUUCACGUAAGCUACAAAUACAUUGCUGUAUUUUAUAUCAGCCUGUGAUAAAUACUCCAAGAACAUUGGUUAGACUGUAAAAAUGCUGGGAAGAAUGAAUAGUGUGAGCAAACUGGACAGGAGGGAUGGAUGAAGAGAGGAGCAGUAGAAUGAAAUUGAUAUGAGAACAGGGAAUAAUGUGUCUGCAUUGUUUAAAAUCAUAUUCAACUCAGAUUACUGGGCAAUGUCUUUCCACCACUGUAAUGUUCAUGGUCCAGACACAUAUAUAUAUAUACUCUUUUGAAAUAUGUCAAGAAAAGACAACUUUAUAAAGCUUUAUCAGAUAAUUACUCUUUUCACAGCUUUCAAAUGCCAAAAUAAAUAUUUAGUUUCUUGUGAUUAGUGAUAUGAAAGUUGGAUUAGUUUUACUUUUUUUAUAACUUUUUAUUGGUUACAUGGUGAACCAGCAGGCAUACACAGAAAUAAUAUUAAAUUCUAGCUCUGCAUAAAACUACUUUCAGCUUACACUGCCGUGUUUACUUAAGAACUGGAGGCUGUUUAUACUGUGCUGCUCCAGAUGAACAGUUUGGUCUGUGAUAUGUCUGCAAACUCAACAUUAAUGACACUAAAAAAGGCUUUCCCAUACAGCUCAGCCUUCACUGUUGCCAACAGCUCUACCUAUGCUUGUUGUUUUCAAGUUUUGCCAGAUGGCUGUUGAGACCUCUCUGGUUGUAAUCAAGAUCACUUAAGACCGCCUCAGUCGAACGCUGUGCUGGUUUUGAGACAGAGUCAAGGGACUGAUAUAGCUCAAUUUAAAUGGAAACCCCAAAAAACGUAUUUAGUCUAUAGUAAGCUUUUAACUACUGGAUAUAAACCUAGUUGUCUUAAAUGAGGACACUUGGUUGUUAUGUGGAAAAGACACUAUGGAAGAUAAACUUGUCAUUGACAUUGUAGAGCAGUUAAGGUGGCAGCAGGACUGCAGGCUGCUGUGAGGCAAGAACAAUCAAAACACAUGCACGACUGAGACAACUGGGAGUAUGUUUCAAGACCAGUUCUACAGCAGUGACUUGCAACCUUGUUAAGAGGAAACCUUCCUCAAGCCUUAUCAUGAGUGUAUAUAAAUAGUGACUAUAAAUGUAUCAUUACAUUCUCAAAACAAAGACAUGAACUAAAGGUCCACAGGGACAGAGAUAUCACUAUGGAGUUUUGGAUUCAAAAACAGGUUCAGAAAUAGUUACUGUUUGCUGUAAUUCAUCUCCCUAUCUGUUAUGGAUGUGACAUAAGUGGCAUUACUGCACUUAAACAAACCAGAUGGCAUAACAUAUUGUGUCACUAACUGGCGUCACCCAUAGGAGGAGAUUAAAAGACUACCUCCCUGACCCUACUCGUGAGAACUCUGUUCUGGGUCUGUAGUUUCGACACGUGAAAAGUACAGAAAGGGAUACUGGUGCUCACUUUCAGUCAGAAUUGCAUUGUGUUUGCUAAUACAGAAAGUGACAGACAAAUGUGUUUGAAAAAUGAACACAGGUGGAUAGAAACAUUAAAACCCUGCUUACUUCCACUCAUCCUCAAACCUGGCUAGUCUCUGCAUGAAGGUGGUGUGAUGAGUAUUCAGUGGCUACGGUGGUUUGAAAUGCCGAAAAACUUUGCGAGGCCCACUGAUGCCCCCCAGAGAUACAAACGUCCAGUCCUUGUGCAAAAAUACAUGCCUCAGUGAACAUGAGGUUAGCAGCCUUCCCUCUGGUAGCACAGCAAAGACUCUUAUUUUACUGCAUCGAAAAAGAGAUACAGGAAAACACAGGAUACACUACAUGCGGAUUGCAAGAAAGAUAAUCCAUGUCCCACAUCUGCUAACACAAAAGAUUAAGAAGAGAAUGACUCACACUGUAGUUCUGUAUAAAAAGCUUGAGACUGUUUCUGCAGAGAAUGGUUUAAACAUUACAGCACCAUUGCUCUUUACAAUUAUCACAUACCUUAUUCUAAAUGAAAAUACAUGACUAUAUGCCACUGGGAUUUAUGAGAUGCUGUUAAAAAUGAUGAUCGACAUGAAUUCACUGUCACGGUCAGUGGCACUACCACUGACAUAUACCUACUGUCAAUGAGGCUGCAAUCUGUCUGGAGUCACUGUAUUACUGUGACAGACUGCUGUGGGUAAUCUGUUGUUUGAGAAGGUAAAUAUGGAUCACCAGGAGAGGUUUAUUCAAGUCCAGGAUGACUUCCAUUUAAAGUCAGGUCAAUAACAGCUGAAGCUCAAACAGUUAUUCACUGAUGUAUUUCAAGUAAACUGGUCCCAGACACAGAUCAUUAUAUUUAAUGGCCAUACCAGUGAUCACAUCUGUAAUUUACCUAAGUAACUUAUAUCUGCAGUUAUGUACUGAUGACUUCAUAAUUACAAUAUAGAUCUAUCAUAAUUGUUAACAAUUAUCUCAUUAUUGUGUGUUGUGUUGUCCUCACAAUGACUUGUUGGUGUGAUGGCUAAAGCUUGUUUCCAUUCAAAAGAACACAGCUCUUUCUAAACCAUAUGAAUAGGUCAAGAAUGUGGAUUUUGGUCUGUGGUAAAAAUAAAAAGAACAAAGUUACAGAAUGUGAUGUUUAGUAAAUGUUUUUAAAAAAAGAUAGAAACACGCCGAUAUCAUAUUUAUGGUGGUCUUAACAAUUGAAGCAUCUUAACUUGUUUUUCUCAUAGUCCAACAGGUCACCCACUCUGAGUUUGACGUGUAAAAAUGCCAAAAUGUCCAGCCCUGUGACUCCAGUUGUUCUGUUUCUUGUAAUCCUCUUUCUUUGGUUUCAAAGUGACCAUGCUGACAGUGAUGCUGCCAUUCUGCCUUUUCUUAUUUCCUGAACACCGUUACUGUAAGGUCAUCUCAGAAAGACCACUGGUGAUAUCAUUACUACAGUGGUAGUAUAUAGACGUGUCCUGGUUGCAUGCUGUGUACUAGUUCUAUGGUGUUAAGAUGAUAUAUUUAUGUUGACUGUGCAUUGUUCUGCCAGUUGAAGAUAAAGCAAGAUAAAUUAAAGCAAAUACUAUGUAGGCUAAUUCCUAAUCCAUUAAAUAUAAUCUAAGAAAUAGUCAAUGGAUCCAUGCAAAUUAGUUUAUUCUGAUGAAUUAUAAUAUCUCAGGUGACACAGGAGCCACUUUGACAUGUUGCUAAAUUUACAGUCAAACAAAACAUUUCAUUAGCUUCCGCUGUUAGCAUGCUGCCACACCAAGUUGGUGAACAACAUUCUAACUUUGUGAACAUGUUAGCAUCAUGAUUUUAGCAUUUAGCUCAAAGCUCAACUGUACAACUUCAGUUUUUAUAUAAUUUUUUCUUCUUUUCUUUCUGUGUAACAACAGAAUAAUUCUGACUGAAGACAAGUUUUAAUUGUAACCCAAAUUGUAAACAAUUACCAUGUUUAACAUUCUACAUGUUUCAAACUGGAGUUGGAUUCAGUGGAGUGUAUGCAAACUGGACACGUCUUUGGCCUAUAAGCAGUUCCUUAUGUUCAAUGUGCCAAACCUUGGUUAGAUGGUGUCAGAAACACUGCAGUGUCCAUACAAAACAACAAAUCAGCAGUAACUGUGCUUGUAAGGAUGAAAUCAAUCAUCUAUAACAGAGGAUAGGGACAUGUCUUAAAAUAUGUUCCGUGAAAUCUGAGCUUGAAGUCAGAAUCCUUAGAUUCCUGAAUAGGUUUUAAAUCAUCAGAAUUUGAAAGGAAACACCUUGAAAGUAGAAACCUUGAAAGCAUUUAAGAUUUCAAACUGUGUACCUCUAUGAAUUAUUUUUUACAUAUCCUUAAUCCUCUUGUAUGCAGUACAAAUGCAUUUUUUAAAAGCAAUAAUGAAUCAUUGUUUUGUUGUCUCCCUUAAAAGAAACAGAUAUUCAUAUAUUAUUUUCAGUUAGAGGGAGGAUGAUCAGACAAUCUGACUUUUUAUUACAACACAUUACAAGCGACUGCAAUGUUAGAGAUGAUAAUAUAGGUCUGCUGUCAUGGGGGACUCUGACUCACUGUUGGUAAAUAUGAUUGCUACCACUGUAGGCAAUUUAUUAACCACAAUAAGAUUAUAUAGGACAGAAGCAAUCUGCAGCUAUAUCUCUGCAUCCAUAAAGCAUUUUGAACUGUUUAAGUGCCUCAAGGUUUGAUAGUAGCAGAGAUUUAAAAAUGAAAAAGAUGAAAAAUAAGAUAGAUCCUUUAUUUAAGAAUGAAGACGGUGUGAAGCUUGAGAAAAAUACUGUAGUAUAUACUGUACACUGUUGCAUAUAUACAUUUUACAAAUGCUAGUGUUUUGUUAUUUUUUUUCUGCCACAAGCUUGUUUAAUUGUGCAGCAUUGGACUGGAAAUGUUCUAAUAUUCUUUUCUUUUUUCUAAAAAAUAAAGUGUCCAGGUAUGCUGGUGUCAAAUAUACAAUCUAUUAAACAUGUGUUCAAAAAUA